AGCCACUAGUAGUACUAUUAGCUAGUCUGCAUUAUUCACAAAAGAGAAAGCAUUCAGAAAAAGGAGAAGGAAAGAGGAACGCCAUGAAAGUGAAAGAACAGGGAAAGGGAGGAGGACGGAGGAGGGGGACAGAGCAUAAAGUCUAACGAGCACUGAAACGCGUAUACUCCUCCAAAAACAUAUCAAUAUCAUCACCAUCGACCGACCGACCGAUCGAUCGAUCCGUAUGCAUUGCAUGUCCAAACGAACGAACGAACGACCAAUCCGAUCCACGAAUCACUGGUUCCGACCGGCUACUACUCGAUCGCAGGCGGGAGCCAACCAUGAUCCUUCGAUCAUCGAUCGGUCGACCCCGGCCGGCCUGCGUCUAAAUCCUAACCAAGAAGAAGAAAACCCUAGUAAAUAUUAUUGUUGUUCUUCGAUCCGUCGGGGACGAGCAUGGUUGGAUUGCUCGAUCGAUCGACCUCCCUUCACACCACCGCCGACCGACCGAUUCAGGCGCGGAAGCAGCCGGCGAUGUGGAAGUGGUUGCUGUUGUGGUGUCCUCCUCCACCGCCGCCGCCGCCGCCGCCGGAGACGCGGUGGUGGUGGAUGAUGCCCUGGACGCGGCGGAAGUGGUCGACGCCGCAGGGGAUGGUGAUGGCGCCCUUCUGCUCGAAGCCGUACUCCUCCUCCGCCGCCUUGAGCAGCGCCACGAAGAGCGGGUGCGUCAGGUACCCCACGGGGACCACGAACCGCUCCUCCUCCUCCUCCUCCUCCUUAUGGCCGCCGCCCGCGGGCCCCACCACGCGCACCGCCAUACACCCCUUGGGCGGCAUCGACGACCCGGACCCGCCGCCCAGCGACGGCGCGGACGAGUGCUGCUUCUUCAGCCGGUGAACACCCAUGGACCGGGAUCGGAUCGACCGAACGAUCCUUCUUGCUGCGCGCAGUCUGCUCUCGAUCGUCGACUUGCGUCCGCCGACCAGCCGUUCGCUCGUCGCACCGGCCGGGAGGCAACGACGAGCGGCGGGGUACGGUGGGUGGUUAUGGCGUC